GUGUGAGAUUAGCUGUGGGACCAUGUGUGAGAUGAGGUGUGAGACUAGGUGUGACAACAGGUGUGAGAUUAGCUGUGGGACCAUGUGUGAGAUUAAAUGUGAAACCAGGUUUGAGAUUAGUUGUCAGACCAGGUGUGAGAUUAAAUGUAAGACCAGGUGUGAGAUUAG